GGGGGUUUGUGUAGAAUAUCCUCUGUAUGAGUUGUAGUAUGGCGGCAUAGGGAUGUCCUCCACUCUCUCCUCAUGAUCGCCGCUCCAUGCGCUUCAGCUCCUCUCUGAGCUCCGUGGCCCCCCUCACCCUGCGCCGGACCCCGCUCCACACACCCCCCAGCCUGCCAUGCUCCUCCAGGCCGUCCUGCUGCUGCUGCUGCGCUGCCUGGCCUCCACCCUGGGCCAGUACGAACUGUGCAAGUCCCUGGUGAGCACGGACGAGGGCUCGGUGUGGGAGCAUUACGCGUGCCAGCCCAAAGCCGCGUCCAUGAAAGACUACAUGCGCAUCAAGGUGGACCCGCCCGGAAUCACGUGUGGAAACCCACCGGAGAGGUUCUGCACUCUGGAGAACCCAUACCUGUGCAGCGAUGAGUGCGACGCCUCCAACCCGGACCUGGCCCAUCCUCCUCAGCUCAUGCAGGACCGCGAGCGCCACGGCCUGAUCACCUACUGGCAGACGGUGACCUGGAGGCGGCACCCGGAGCCCCUGCUGGCCAACAUCACCCUGUCCUGGAACAAGAGUCUGGAGCUCACAGACGACCUCCAGAUCACGUUCGAGUACGGCCGUCCCACCAUCAUGGUUCUAGACAAGUCCAUGGACCACGGGCGCUCCUGGCAGCCGUACCAGUUUUACGCCGACGACUGCCUGGACGCCUUCAACAUGCCGCCCAAAAAGGUGCGCGACCUCUCGCCCGCCAACAUCACGCGGGUCAUCUGCACCGAGCAGUACUCGCGCUGGGUCGGCUCCAAGAACGAGAAGAACGUGAAGUUCGAGGUGCGGGCGCGCUUCGCCGUGUUCGCCGGGCCUCGGCUACAGAACAUGGACGGCCUGUACACCCGCAUGGAAAGUAUGAAGGGACUGAGAGACUUCUUCACCUUCACCAACCUGCGGCUGAGGCUGCUCAGGCCCGCCCUCGGAGGCACCUACGUCCAGAGAGACAACCUGCUCAAGUACUUCUACGCCAUCUCCAACAUCGACGUACCUGCCAGGUGUAAGUGUAACCUCCAUGCCUCCCAGUGCCUGCUGAUUGAUGGGAACCUCCAGUGCCAGUGUGAACACAACACCACCGGCCAGGACUGCCAGCGAUGCAAGAAGGGCUUCAAAGCCAAGUCCUGGAAAGCAGGUUCCUACCUGCCAGCACCCAACGGGACCCCCAACACCUGUACAAUUGCUGGUUCCCCCUCCGGUUCUAACUGUGAGUGCUACGGCCACUCCAACCGCUGCAGCUACAUCGACUACCUGAACAUCGUCACGUGCGUCAGCUGCAAGCACAACACCCGAGGCCAGAACUGCCAGCACUGCAGACUGGGAUACUUCCGCAACGCCUCUGCUGAGCUGGAUGACGAGAGCGUCUGCAUCGAGUGCAACUGCAAUCAGAUGGGCUCCGUUCACGACCGCUGUAACGGGACAGGGUUCUGCCAGUGCAAAGACGGCGCCACGGGGGCCAAAUGUGACGACUGUGUGUCGGGAUACUUCUGGAAGCAAGGCUGUUACCCCAACGUCUGCGACGAGGAGAUGCUCCUGUGCCAGAACGGAGGGACCUGCUACCAGAACCAGAAGUGCAUCUGUCCUCCGGAGUUCAAGGGGGUCCUGUGCCAACAGUCCCGCUGCGAGGCGGGCAAGGACUGCAACGGCGCCCCCACGCCGAGACGCUCGGCGGCCGCCCUGCUGCUCUGCACUCUGCUGGCCCACCUGCUGGCCACGUUAACGCCCCACUGAGCCACCCAGCCGACCCGCCGACCCGCCCCCCUCAGACCAGGAGUGU